GAAGAUAAAAUAACUACACAACUGACUCAAAACACGAGAGAAAUUCAGAAGGUCAGGGAUGGAGCCUUGGGUUCCCCAGUGGCCGCCUCAGCCAGCGGGGAGGCCCCCAGCACCAUCAAGGGAUCCAGACCGAGGGCUUCAGAGAGAUAGAUACUAUCGGCCUAUUCGUCCCUCUUGGCACAAUGGAGAGAGGGUCCAGCAAGAACAAGACAUGGGCAGGAGCCCCCAACCACAGCAGGACCCUGGGGAAGACCACCAGCGGCCUCACUAUGCGUCCAGGCCUGGGGAAUGGCAUCAGCCUGUGUCCAGGGUUGACUAUUAUAAAGGUGGUUAUCCCAGUCAGCUGUAUUCAAGGCCGGGCAUUGAGGAUCUCUAUCAAAGCUAUCACUCUGCAGCCCUAAGGGAAGAAUAUGCUUAUGGAAGUUAUUACUGCCAUGGACACCCGCAGCAGCUGCCGGAAGAAGGAGUGCCAAGGCAAGGGAGUCCUUAUAUCUGGCAUGAAGAUUAUCGAGAUCAAAAGUACCUGAAUGAAUACCAACAUGAAAACCAGAAUAGUCCGUUUGGAACAAAUAGUGAGAACCAGUUCCAAUCUAAGCAUUGGAACCCUUAUAAAGACAGCCCUGCUUCUAACUCUGGACAGGAGAGGCCUGGGGACUUAUUUCUGGAGAGUCCGCUAACUGGGGCCCAGAAAAACAAGCCAUCACUGACCGAGGAGUCCAACCUUCUCCAGCAGCACGAGUCUGGUCUCACCUCCAGCAGCUAUGAGCUUAGUCAGUACAUGACAGAUGCCUCUGAGCUGUACGACCCCAUGGCUGCAGCGGGUUGGAGUCCAGUUCAGGCUGAGGACAUCUCGGCAUCUGGUCCCAAGACACCUAUGAAGUUCUACAUCCCUCAUGUGCCUGUGAGUUUUGGGCCAGGAGGUCAGCUGGUGUGUGUGGGUCCCAGAUCUCUCAGUGAUGGACAGACGGCCCUUGUUGAACUGCACAGCAUGGAGGUUAUUCUUAAUGAUUCUGAGGAACAAGAAAAGAUGAGGAAUUUCUCAGGACCCCUGAUUAGGGAAGAUGUACACAAGGUGGACAUCGUGACGUUUUGCCAGCAGAAAGCAGCGCAGAGUCGCAAAUCUGAGACACCAGGGAGCAGAGACUCGGCUCUACUGUGGCAACUGUUGGUUCUCCUUUGUCGGCAGAACGGGUCUGUGGUGGGGUCUGACAUCGCGGAGCUGCUGGUGCAGGACUGCAAGAAGCUGGAGAAAUACAAGCAGCAGCCGCCUGUGGCCAACCUCAUCAACUUGACGGAUGAGGACUGGCCAGUACUGAGCUUGGGGACCCGGAACCUGCUCACUGGGGAGGUUCCCCCCAGCGUGGAGACGCCUGCGCAGAUCGUGGAGAAAUUCACUAAGUUGCUCUACUAUGGAAGGAAAAAGGAAGCCUUGGAGUGGGCCAUGAAGAACCAUUUGUGGGGUCAUGCUUUGUUCCUUGCCAGCAAGAUGGACCCAAGGACCUACAGCUGGGUCAUGAGUGGCUUCACCAGCACGCUGGCGCUCAACGACCCACUGCAGACCCUCUUCCAGCUCAUGUCGGGGAGGAUCCCACAGGCAGCCACGUGUUGUGGGGACGAGCAGUGGGGAGACUGGAGGCCGCACUUGGCUGUGAUUCUGUCGAAUCAAGGUGGGGACCCGGAGCUGUAUCAGCGCACGAUUGUCACCAUGGGGGACACCCUGGCUGGAAAGGGGCUGGUGGAAGCAGCUCACUUCUGCUACCUCACGGCUCACGUGCCCUUCGGCUCCUAUACCGUGAAGACAGACCACCUGGCCUUGCUAGGCAGUAGCCACAGUCUUUUCUCCACUUCUCUCUUUCUGUCCCUGCCUGGAUGGGCUCAUCACUGGCCCUGCUCCUCUUUACAGGUGUAUAAGCUCCUCUACGCUUCCCGUCUGGCAGAUUAUGGCCUUGCGUCCCAGGCCUUGCAUUACUGCGAAGCCAUUGGCACAGCCCUCCUGAGCCAGGGAGAGAACAGUCACCCUGUGCUAUUAGUGGAACUCAUCAAGCUUGCAGACAGACUGAAGCUGUCAGAUCCUCUGGUUUUAGAACGCCACCGCCGUCACCGAGGAGACAGGGACCUGGAGCCGGACUGGCUGGUACACCUUCGGGGGCAUCACAAGGAGCUGCAGCAAAAGGUAGCAGGAGACACUGGGGAUCCUUGCUCUGCUCACUCGGAUAUUUUGGGAGCCAGAAAAACAACAGACGACACUUUCUACCAGGAACUUUCUGGACAUCAAGGCAACACAGAAGCCCUUGGGGACUGCUCAGCCCUGUGGCCAACACUGGAGCCGAUGGGCCCGGCCCAUCCCAGCGCACAGCAGCCCUUUCCCCUCCAGCCCAGCUCCUACCCAGCAGGAGGAGGUUCCGGGCAGACGGGGGUCCCGGUGCCUCUUUACUCAGUUCCUGAGGCCCAUCUGCCAGGGACCGGUGGCAGCGUGGCGGUGACAGGGACUCCUGGAGGAAGGGCCUGGGAGGAAGCCCAGCAGAUGCACCCACCCCCUGUGUCUCCAGAAACCUUCCAGCAUCCUGAUGGGCAGAAGGUUGUUUCCAAGCCGCAGGUGCCGCUGGUUCCCAGAGCACGAAAUAUUUCUGAGAGUUCCACUGUAUCAGUCAAGGAGGAUGACGGGGAGUCCUCCCGAGGCAGAGAAGAAAAAGUCUUCCGAAAACACCGCCCAGAGAGGAAAGCUCGGAGACGCGAAGGAGACCUCCAGGGCUCGGGGUUUGGCUGGCUCAGCUGGUUUCGCCCGAAGCCCGCCGGCAACGCGCCCCCCUCUGGAGAUGAGGACGCAUCUGACGGUCCUGACUCUGAGGAAGCCCCCCAAGCCUCUGCUCCUCCCGGGCCCAGCCCGGGCCUCUCCCCGACGCCGCCCCCAGCUCCCCAGUCUCUGCCGGACGCCGGCGCCUUCUCCAGGGACACAGGUGGCAGUGAAGCCCAAGGAUCAGCAUCUGGGGCGGGGAGAGCCGAGGGCACGGGGAGUGGAGGCUUGUCGGGACCUCAGGGUGUUUCCUCUGGGCUCUACUUCGACCCUGGUGUUCUGCUCCCCCCACCCCCCUUGAAAGGGGCUGUGCCUCUCUACAACCCAUCCCAGGUCCCCCAGCUCUCCAUGGCUACCAGCCUGAACCGGCCAAAUCGCCUAGCUCAGCGCCGCUAUCCAACCCAGCUGUGA